AUGGCAAGUGGUUUGGACAAAGUAAAUCUGGUGAAGGAGUAUCUGUUGCUUUGUUCGGACAAGAGCUUGAUUGAAACGCUGGAGUCGCCAGUGCUGCUUGGUCCGCUGGAUAACAUUGCACAAAACUUUACGCCAGUUUCGGUUGUGUUUGUGUAUCUUCGGAAGGAGACUUUAACAGGAAACCUGAUACCGAUCGAGAGACUUCGACGUGCCUUGGAGCGAUUGCUGGACUAUUACCCGCACCUUACGGGUCGAGUGGUGAUGGACGACAAAGACAACGCGCCUCGGAUCGAGCAACUUGGUCCGUCCUGGGGGAUGGCUGUGCCUCCUGCGUCUGCUGCUGCCACUAGCUCGCCUUCCGCCGCUCCCUCGCCUCGCUCGCCGACGCCGCCUGCUUCUGCUGCAGGCCCUGCUGUUCCGGCUGCCAUGGUCGAUGCUCCUGCUGGUGCUGUAACUCCACCGUCACCUGUACGGGCUCCCGUUGUUCCCUCGUCGCCUGUACGGGCUUCUGUUGCUCCAUCGUCGCCUCAACUCAUCUACGAGAUCACGAUCGAAGGGUUGUGUGGAGAUGACGUUGGUGGUGAUGUUGCGGCUGAUGAUGAUGGUGAUGAUAGCGUUGCAGCUGAGGAUGUUCCUCUUCAAGAGGUUAGAUUGUUUAACGACGAAGAUGAGGAGGACACCCAACGGACGAAGCGCGCUCGGCUUCGUCGUGGCGAUGAGACGUCGGACUGGCAUCCAUUUCCGCUUCCGAAAGCUCCGGAGAGACAUCCAACUACGAGCCAUCGCAACCACUAUAAUCCGGAUGCUCCUUGGGAUUAUGCGAACUCGGCUGGAAUUACACGCUUGCUUGACGUCGAAGGGGAAUCUCCGCACCGCUGCUAUCUUGUUCAGUGGAAGGGUCGUCCGCUGCAGAUGAGCUGGGUCUGGAUGGAGUUGCUGGACAAGGAAUCGACGCGGUACAUGAUGCAAAAUGUCGACAAGUGGAAGGCUUCGGGUUCUGAAAUAACAUUCAUGAAAUGGUACGACGUUCAUGCUAGUGCUUCCGAAGCUGGUACGUGUUUCAUGGAUGCGCUCCGCUGCGCGCUGUACCAUCUUGGUCGGCCCAAUCUGGUUACCAUGGAGAUGUGGGAUAAGUAUGAAAAAACCCGUCCCGAGGCGAUUGCGUUUGGCGUAUCUCGCGAAGACGUCACGGAGUUCUGGAAAACGCUUCAGCGCCAAAGUGUUCCGUUGGACUACGGCAUCAUGCUUCCCAAUAUUCUUCAUGAAUCCAUCGGGAGUGUUGCGACUCUGAACCACUUCUUUGAAGCCUUGGUUCCGGACUGGUCCCAAUGCUCGCCUGGUCGUGCUUGA